UGAAAACACACGAGUCUCAUUUUCUAUUCUUUUGCGAAGAAAACGAAACAACCCCACAGAACUCUUUCUCUCUCUCACUUACUCACAGUCAAAAACGCUCACCUUUUUUUAUUCACGAAACCCUAACUCCAUCCGCCGGAAAAUUUCAAUAUUCCGGGUUUUGUUGAAGCAGAUGAAACUACGAUUAAGGAGAAGCUGAGGAUCAAACGGGCCGGAUUUCGUCACCGAAUGGAGGGAGGUAGCGUCUCUAGACUUACUUGUUCUGGGAUACACCCAUGGAUUAUAAUGACAAUGAUUUUCAAAGCCAGAAUCUUAAGUUAGCUGGUGAAGGGAGCACCAAAUUUCCUCCUGUUUUACGGCCAUAUGCACUUCCCAAAUUUGAUUUUGAUGACAGCCUACCUGGGCAUUUAAGAUUUGACAGUUUGGUUGAGACUGAGGUUUUUCUUGGCAUUGAAAGUAACGAAGAUAACCAGUGGAUCGAAGAAUUCUCCAGAGGAAGUAGUGGGAUAGAGUUUAGAACAAGUGCUGCAGAAUCUUGCUCUAUUACAAGGCACAACAAUGUUUGGUCUGAGGCCACUUCCUCAGAAUCUGUUGAAAUGCUAUUAAAAUCAGUUGGACAGGAAGAAAAUAUUCCUGGAAAAACUAUUACUAGGGAAUCAGAUGCCUGUGAUGAACUGGGUUGCCUGAUAAAGCAAAUGGAGCGGGGUUCAAAAAAUGAUGAUAGUAGUCUUUCUAAAGCAAGUGAAGCUAUAGAUGUACAGCCUGCACUACCCCAAAAUGAGGCUUUGGGAAACUUUUCUGGGUCAAAGGAGGAUGUGGUCGGGGGACAGCCACUAGCUGAUGUUAGUUCCCAGAAAUAUGAAUGUGAGAGAUCUGUUGAUGGAGGUUUAAAUGACCCAAUUUCAGACACUAUCAGUCAAAAGGGAAUUUCACCUCCAGCUAAUGAGAAUGAUAUAGGUGAUGAAAUGAAAGUGGAUACUUUAGUUGAAUCCUCGAGUGGCAGGACAGAAGAAGAAUCUGCUGCUUCAAGGAUGCAAUUUAAUAGCAUUGUCACUGCUGCCCAAGAUACUAACGUAAGCAGUGUGGAGUUGAUUGGGCAAGAUGUCCAACAACUGAAAAAUGAUAUCAAUGAAAAUGUAGAUGUUUUAUUGACAGAGAAGGUAGAACAAGGGUUGGGUUUUGGGCAAGAGGCUGAAAUGAUUGCUCAGAAUUUAGGUGUAAAUUUAACUGAAAGAGGCUCUGCACACUCAGGCAACCCACUUUGUUUGGCUUCAAGGAUUGAAUCUGUGGGAGAAGGACCAGGAGUAAAUGCGACUGAAGGUAGCACUGACAUUGCAGGAGAACCUUCAGAGAGGAUACUGAAGGGAGAAUUAUUGGAAGGAUCCAACGAGGAUGCUCAGGGUGGAAAAAGUGGAAAUCAGGUCCUUUUGAAAGAAUUUGAAAUCAGUGAUUCAUCUAAAGUAUAUAUUCAUGAGGCAUCAUCAGUUCCCUUUGAACAUGAUAAUAGUUUUGAGAGGCCUAGAGUUGACAUUAGCAAUGCUGAUGAUUCUAAAGCACCUUUGUUAUUGGUGAAUGAGAGUAAAGUUUCUGAGGGCAAAGGUGAUGGAAGCAGCAGUGGUUAUGUAGAAGACCUUUCUACUUUAAAUGUCGAAUGUUCCACCACUGAACUGCUUGGUGAAUCAUCAGUAGCUCUAACCACUAAAGGUGUUAAUGAUGAUUCUGGAAUUCACAGAGAAGACUCAAAUGCUGAAGUCAAUGUUUCGUCUUACGUUCAAGGAGACUCCACUGAAAUAAAUGAAGAAAAUAUUGUUACCAAGCAGAUUGACGUUUGUAAAUGUAAUGACGAUAAUUCUCUUGAUGUAAAGGAGACCACAGAGUUCCCUUCCAAUUCUAGUAAUAUAGAUCGAGAGGUUGGUGGAUGCCUUAUCAUUGAUAAAGAGGUUGGUUCCUCUUCUUUGGGUCAAAGCAGCAAAGCAGAUGAGUUGGUAGUUUCUCAAUCACACACUGAUGCUGUUGCUAUUGAUGAAUCAGCCCUGGAAAAUGUUGACUUGGUAUCCUGUAAUUCCCGGAAGAGUGUUCAAUUGGAUUCUAGUGGUGCUAUUGCCAAAGAAGCAGCUGUCAUCCAUCAAGAGGUUCAAGUGAUGGAUGCUUGUAAUGAAGAGAGCCAAAACACUCCCCAAGUAGUGCUUAAUGAAGUCAAAAAUGAGGGCACAAAGGAGAUGAAAGCUUGUCCUGCUGUCCCUGGGUCAACGAGAGAGGUUGACGGUGCUGAAGCACAAGUUAUCUCUGAAAAGUGUGAGGGAGGAAUUGUCAAAGAAAAUUAUGAAAAGACAUCCUCAAAAGUUUCUGAUGCAGAACCAAUUCCAAUGAGCAGUGACAUGCUCACUCAACCCUUUGAAGGAAUACCCAGUGCAACUGUCCAAAAUGAUCAGGAAGACAAUCAUGACAUAUUAUCAUCUGAAGACAAGAGUUUUCAGCAGAUUGAUGUGCCACACACUGAUGGUGGUGCUUUAAAACUUCAUGAAGGUUCUAUUAGUUCUACCCCAUUCUCUGAAUCUGAUCCUAAGUUCUGUGAUAUGGAAAGUGGAAGCAGUGGUGCUGAUCUUGAUAAGCCUACCUGUGGAUCUCCUACAGUUAUUAGAGCUGCAGAAGUUUCUCUGAGUAAAAGUGAAAAGAAAGUAGUGGAAGGAUCUAUGGCUCAGAGCAUUCUGGUUUCUGAAGACAUAGAUGGAGAUGCCAACAAAUUGCAGUCUGUUUCUCCAAAUUUAAAAGGAAAUGAUGCCUCCCAAGGCGAGAAGAGUUUCACAUUUGAGGUCAGUUCAUUGGCAGAAUCAUCUGAAAGAGAAGCUGGCAAGAGUUGGCAACCCUUUUCUACUGUACAAGUUACCACAGUGCCACUGAUUGUAGAGGGAUCUCCUUCAAGUUCUGGCAUUGGCCAAUUGAAUUCCUCUACUGUGCAAGACAUAUCUCGUGGAGGUCUUCGGAUGUUAGAUAAAGAGAAUGUACGUAGUGGUUCUAAAGGCACAUCUGAGCGUAAGACAAGGCGGGCAUCUAAUAAGGGAACAGGAAAAGACAGUGCUAAAAAGGGAAAUGCAGUGAAGGACACUGCCACAUUGAGAAAAUCAGAAAAAGGGGAAAAGGCAAACAAUGUGUCCCUGAGUCCAUCUGGGAUUUGCCAGCUUGUGCAAUCAAGUGAGUUGCAGCACUAUGGGCAUGUGGACAGCAGUAGUGUGAAACCAUUUGGUGUUCUUGCUACCUCUGCGUCUACUCUGCCAGAUCUGAAUUCUUCUUCAUCUGCAGUGUUUCAGCAGCCUUUUACAGACAUGCAGCAAGUACAAUUGCGUGCACAGAUAUUUGUUUAUGGAGCUCUUAUACAAGGUACAGCACCGGAUGAGGCCUACAUGAUAUCAGCAUUUGGUGGACCUGAUGGCGGAAAAAGCGUUUGGGAGACUGCCUGGCGUGCAUGCAUGGAGAGGCAUCAUGGUCAAAAUCCUGUCCUCAAUAAUGCAGAAACACCCUUGCAGUCACGUCCAGGUACUAGAACUACUGACCGAGCCAUUAAACAUGUUGCAAACCAAGGCAAAGUUUCCUCCUCACCUCUUGGUCGAUCUAGUACCAAGGGCACUCCUUCAACAAUAAUAAACCCUUUGACACCCCUUUCCUCACCACUUUGGAGUAUCCCUACCCCAUCAGUGGAUAACCUGCAAUCUGGUGGCAUCUCCAGAAGUGCUGUUAUGGAUUAUCAGCAGGCACUUUCUCCCCUGCAACCUCAUCAAACCCCACCGCUCAGGAAUUUUGUUGGACAUAACAGUUCUUGGAUUUCACAAGCCCCUUUUCGUGGUCCUUGGGUUGCUCCUCCACAGUCUUCUGCAUUUGAUGCUAAUGCUCGUUUUCCUGUAUUGCCUAUCACAGAAACAGUUCAUCUCACUCCUGUAAAAGAAACAUCUGUGCCCCAUUCCUCUGGUGCGAAGCAUUUACCCUCUGGACCUAUGAUUCAGAGCAUGAAUGCUGCUAAUGCCAUUCCUAGGCCUUCUCCCUUGCUUGAUCCAAGAAAGGGCGCUCAAUUGCAUGGUCAGCGUUCUACUGAACCAAAGUCUAGGAAGAGAAAGAAGGUCCCAGCUUCUGAGGAUUCUGGACAAGUUAUUAUGCAUUCUCAAUCUCAGAUGGAAUCAGUUUCAGUCCCAAUUGUUACUAGUCUUGUGUCUACAUCUGUUGCCAUUGUUACUCCUGCCAGUGUUAUGUCUAAAGCCUCAAUGGAGAAAGUCAUCAUGCCAUUAUCUCCGUCAAUCUCUACUAGUCACCUUAAAAAAGGGGACUGGGAGACACAACAGAGAGCUACUUUGUCCGAGGAUACCCUUUCUAAACUUAAGGAGGCUAGGACACAAGCAGAGGAUGCUGCUGCCUGUGCUGCUGCUGCUUUAAGCCAAAGCCAAGAAAUGUGGAAUCAAUUGGAAAAGCAGAAAAAUUCUGGUUUGGUACUGGAUGUUGAAAGCAAACUAGCUUCUGCAGCAGUAGCAAUUGCUGCUGCUGCUGCUGUUGCAAAGGCAGCAGCUGCGGCUGCCAAUGUUGCAUCAGGUGCUGCUAUGCAAGCAAAACUGAUGGCUGAUGAAGCAUUGCAUUCAAAUGGUCACAGCAAUCCGAGUCAAAGUAAUGCACCUUCUCUUUCUGACACUGUGAAAGAUUUGGGAAAAGCUACUCCUGCAUCCAUCUUGAAAGGUGAGAAGGCCAUAAGUGGUUCCAGUUCGGCUAUUUUCGCUGCAAGGGAAGCUGCUAGAAGGCAGUUAGAAGCUGCUUCGGCUGCUUCUAAAAGAGCUGAAAACAUGGAUGCCAUUGUAAAAGCUGCUGAGCUUGCUGCAGAAGCUGUGUCACAAGCAGGAAAAAUUGUUGCUAUGGGUGAUCCCUUGCCUUUGAGUGAUCUCAUAGAAGCUGGUCUGGAGGGAUAUUGGAAAGUACCCCAAGCAUCAACUCAGAUGAUUGUGAAAUCAAAUAAUGUAAAUGGUGAAAAAUCGAACAUGGAUAACAUCAGAGAAGGCCCAGAUAACUCCGCCAACAGUUCAAAAGAGAUUCCUUUGGGCAAUAGAGAAAUGCAUACCACUAAUCAAGGGAAAUCACCUACUUUAAGAGAUAUAUCUGGGGAGUCUUUUGAGGAGGGUGCUCGAUUAGUAGAUGGCUUUUCAAGUCCUGUUGCGGUCAGUGGAAAGAGUACGAAAGGACACAAGGGCGGGAAAGCAUCAGAUUUUGCUAGAAACAUAGGUGGUGUUCCUGAAUCUGAGACUGGAUCAAGAUCUGCCUCCACGAAUAAUCAGAUUGAGCAAGAAAAGGAGGUCGAACCCUCAAAAGAGAACAGCAUCAAGGAGGGCUCACAAGUAGAGGUUUUCAAGGAAGGUGUGCAAUCGAAAGCAGGCUGGUUCACUGCCAAUGUAUUGAGUUUGAAGGAUGGGAAGGCAUAUGUUUGUUACUCUGAACUUUCCUCAGGUGAAGGCUCAGAGAAGCUAAAGGAAUGGGUUGUCCUUAAUGGGGAAGGAGAUGAAGCACCCAAAAUACGCAUUGCUCGUCCUAUUACGGCUAUUCCAUUUGAAGGUACUAGGAAGAGACGCAGGGCAGCUAUGGGGGAGUAUACUUGGUCUGUUGGUGAUAGAGUUGAUGCUUGGAUGGGAAAUAGUUGGGAGGAAGGAGUUGUCACUGAAAAGAACAAGAAAGAUGAAACAUUGUUUACUGUUCGUUUCCAAGUGCGAGGAGAAACAGCAACUCUUAGAGCAUGGAAUCUCAGACCUUCUCUCAUUUGGAAGGAUGGGGAAUGGAUUGAAUGGUCCGCUUCAACAGAAAACAACCAGGCUUCCCAUGAGGGUGAUACACCGCAGGAAAAGCGACCAAGGUUGGCCAAUCCUGCAGUUCAGUCCAAAGGGAAGGAUAAAGUGUCAAAAGUUAUUGGCUUUAUGGAAUCCAUGAAGCCUGAUGAGCCAACAUUGCUAGAUUUGUCAGCAAGUGAAAAAAUAUUUAAUAUCGGAAAAAAUACUAGAGAUGAGAAUAAGCCUGAUACACUCAGAAUGAUACGGGCUGGUCUGCAGAAGGAGGGAUCUGGGGUGGUUUUUGGUGUUCCUAAGCCUGGUAAAAAGAGGAAGUUCAUGGAAGUUAGCAAACAUUAUGUUGUAGAUCAGGCCGGCAAGAGCAGUGGGGCAAAUGACUCAGUUAAAUUUGCAAAAUAUUUGAUUCCUCAAGGUCAAGCAUCAGGAUCUCGUGGAUGGAAAAAUGCUUCUAGAAGCGAACCAAAGGAAAAACGUGCAGCUGUAUCGAAACCAAAGGUUCUCAAGUCUGGAAAGCCACCAAAUGUUUCAGGUAGAACUAUUCCGCAGAAGGACAAUUUGGUGAGUUCUUCAAUGCCUGCUCCUGAUGAUGGCGGUGCUGUAGAUCACAUGGCAAAAAUAAAAAAUUCUUCAAGGCAUGUUGACACCACAACUGGAAAGAAUGACCUGAGUGAGUUCCAAUCCAUCAUGUCUACUGCUGAGGGAGCACCAGAGGGUCCAAUAUUAUUUACUUCGAUGCCUCUCUCAUCAGAUACCACAUCUAAGAAAGCUUCUGCAUCAAAUCCUAAAACUGAACGGGUGACUAAAGGGAAACUUGCACCUGCUGGUGGAAAGUUGACAAAAAUUGAAGAGGACAAAGUCUUCAGUGGUAAUUCUGCAAAAUCAACAUCUGAACUAGUUGAACCUCGGAGAUCUAACCGCAGAAUUCAGCCAACGUCACGGCUGUUGGAAGGUCUGCAGAGUUCAUUGAUCAUCUCAAAAAUUCCUUCCGUUUCACAUGACAAAAGUCACAAAAGUCAGAUCAGGAAUGUGCCCAAAAGGGAAUGACCAGGGGAGCUCUUACAAUGGUGGGAUUGUGUCGAGAGGAAAGUCAAUAGUUACUGGGUGACCAGAACGAACCAGCGUAGUUUUUGUGUAUAUUUAUGAUAGUGGAGAAAAGCUAGAUAUGAAAAUUCUUGCUUCCUUGGGCUUAGUUUAUGAGAUGUAGCCAGUAGAUGUUAAAUAUUGUUUUUAGAUUUCUUUACAAUUAUGAUUUGGUUAUCCUAGGUCUUACCUUAAAGAGUAGGUUGUAAAUGGAAAAUUUCCAUGUAUUUUGGCUUGAAAUUACAUACAAGCUUUGAAGAUCAUAAUUUUUACUCUUCAUGU